AUGAUGAAAGUAACAAAGGCGAGAGCGCAAAAUGAUCCGGGACCGCCGUCGAAUAAUACUGAUUGUUCAAAACAAAGUGAAAUAAUUAGAAGUUCAAAAACAAGUGAAAAUAAAAAUGAAGCGAGUUUAGCUGAUUCAAAGGAGUUUAUUGGCGUGGAACGGCGCAACACAAAACGAUUGUAUCUAGGUGGUGUUAAAGACGGGGUCCACGCGAGCACUAUAAAAGAAUUUAUGCAGGGAAAAGGCGUUCGGCCGACUUUCGUACGAAUGAUGAAAAGUCGGCAAAGUGGCACCGUUGCUGUGCGUAUAAAUGUCAGAGCUUCAGAUAUUAAGGAGAUUCUUCAACCAAAUUUUUGGCCGAAAAAUGUAUACGCAAGGGAAUGGCUCUCCAAAGAUAAAUGGGAAAAACGGUCAGUGAAAUUUGACAGAGAUCCAUCCAGAGAACCGCCUUCAUAA